AUGGAUUCCACAAACCCUGCCUUGACUGGUUUUGUUAACCUACUAACCAGUCAACAAGAAAACCAAUACACUUUCCCAACAACCAUCGAGCUUGGAUCAGCCGAACCUAGGUUUAGCCAGUUCACACUUGAAGAACAAAGCGGACCUGGCGAAGAUCGUAAAGUGGUGCGAAGGCAGUGGACACCGACCGAAGAUAAAGUCCUCAUCAGCGCUUGGUUAAAUACAAGCAAGGAUCCGGUGGUGGGAAAUGAUCAGAAGGCCGGACCUUUCUGGAAAAGAAUCCAGAAAUAUUUCAACUCGACUCUCCAACUGGUUGGUGCGAAUGCAAGAGAGUCAACUCAAGUUAAGCAGCGAUGGGGAAGGUUGAAUAACGAAGUCUGUAAAUUUGUCGGGUGCUUUGAAGCAGCAAUGAAGGAGCAAAGUUCGGGGAUGGGCGAAAACGACCUGAUGAAGGCGGCUCACGAAAUUUUCUUCAACGACUACGGUGCCAAGUUUACUCUUGAACACGCCUGGAGAGAGCUGAGACACGAUCAGAAAUGGUGCUCAAACCUGGCUGGUAAUGACGGUGGAAAGGCAAAACGUAGAAAAGUGGACGACAGUUCUCCACAAUCUCCAAGUUGCCAACCAGACAACAUCCCCGAUGAUGUACCCCAGACACGUCCACCAGGGAUUAAGGCUGCCAAGGCGGGCAAAGCCAAAGUGAAGGGAAAUGGUUCAGCGGCUCGUAAAGCAGAGGGAAACCCUGUGGUAGACAUGAAAUCAAUGUGGGAUAUGAAGAGAAUGGACUUAGACAUGAAAGACAAAAUUUCGAAGAGGAGAUUGCUUGAAGGCCUUCUCGUAAAAACUGAACCACUGACUGACAAAGAAUUGGCUCUGAAAGACAUACUCAUUAGCGAGAUGUUGUAG